AUGAAUAGAACCGUUUAUAUAGACAUGGCAAGACCAGUUAGGAAGCCUCGCAGUCCAUCUGGUCCAUCCGGGCCUGUGAGAGCGGGUCGUAUAACUAGAGCCCGAAAAACUACUCCGGUCUCACCUAUCAAGAUCCAAGCAGCAAAGACAGUUGUUGACCUUGAUUCUGCUCCACCGGUCGACGGAGAGCCACCAGCUUGGGCAGAGACUCGCCCCGAGCUAUGCGACGCUCUUCCUUGGUUCCGGUCUGUCCAAGGUGGAGUAUAUCAUAAUGGCGGUUUUUGCUGGGGCUUUCUCGUGGAUGCAGACUGCGGUAUACGUUCUUAUAUUGGUGACGAGGUCAUCAUUACUCGAGUCGGUGGUGGCUGCACCAAAGAUGCGGACGGAAACUUGGUCCUCCUCAGAGACCAAGACGAAAGUUGCUUCAUGACCAGCAUUAUAAAUAGCAAGGAACAUAAUGUUCCAGUCGGUAUAAUUAUAGGUAACCGCAACGUACUUCUGGGAAGAAAGCUUCCCCAUCGAUACAACGUGAUGGCCUACUUCCGCGUCACGGAUAUCUGGUUUGAGAGAAUCGGUGGAAAAGCUGGAGGGAAGGUCCGCUUCGAAAAAAUUGACCUUGAGAACAAGAGUUGGUGGGCAGAGAAGGAUUCCCCUCCACCAUCGCCUAUUGAGAAGCGGGGACCUGAUCUCAAGCCUGAGAAAUUGCAGUGCCCAGAAUGCUCCCAAUUGAGCACCCGGAUCUACAAUGAAGGUUGGAUGUGCCUUCAGCCAUCCUGUAAGUCCUUCUGGGCCAUGGAAGACUCAGCUUCCCCAGCGUGCCUCACCUUCCACCCGGAUUUCCUGAAUUAUCGUGCCGCUCCGGACCCAAGUUUACAACCACACUACAGCUUGGUCCCUAAUUUACUGUCUACCAUACAUGAGCAUGAAUUUGGCACCAGCCUCUCACGAAUUGCUUGGAGAGGCAUCGUAUGCCCUCAAUGCUCAAAGUGCAUAUCACGCAGAUUCUGGAGAGGCUGGAGAUGCACAGAUAAUGUUACGACUGGGCCAGACUGCAAUGCUUGUUCGUUCGAGAAAAUGAUGAAUAUCCAACCCAUCCCUUUACGCUCAGUUAUAGAUGAUUUCGAGCUGGGUCCGAUCAAACGAACCCUUUUCUUCGAUCCCAAGUUUACGAUUCCGGAAAUCGACGAUUCAUCACUAUAUCCGUAUCGAAAGCUCACAUAUCGCAUACCGGGUGUAGGCUCUCUCACCCAUUUUGUCUCGAACAAGGCCAUCAAUAGCCGUCAAAACGGGCCCAACGAUCUCUUUCAGCAGCUUCAGAUUUCUGACCUGGGGCUUCGACGAUAUCCACUGCAGCAGAGCGUCGUUCCUGGAACGCUUACUGCGCAUUUUGCUGUUAACUUUGGAAUGCCAUAUAAAUACGUGGUUUCCGUGGACUCUAAAGGGUUUAGUGAAGCACCUGAUGAGAUCUUACGAGCGCUGGGCCGUUUGAGCUGGGCAACUGAGAAAUCGGUUGUGGAUGCAGGAGAUCCGUUUCUCCCACCGAACGAACUGCUUAUGCUAGGUUAUUUUGAAGACAUGAGAAUCGGGUAUCAUGAUGACGGGGAAUCAUCAUUGGGACCUACCAUCGCAACGCUUUCAUUGGGCGCAGCAGCAACUAUGUAUAUUCGGAUGAAGUACAAAUACUAUCAUGGAUUCAGCAAAGUGAGAAAGCUUCUCGACGAUGACCCCGUUUUGCAGGGUUGCCGGUUUGAGAGUGAACGAAGCACACUGAAGGAGCAAUUCAAAACCGGUGAAAUUACGAAGGACGCCUACGAUGCCUUGCGUCGAGAGGUCCUAUUCAAACACGGCAGGAACGGAGAAGCGCCUCCGAUUAUCAAGAUGGUGUUGAAUCAUGGCGAUUUGGUCGUGAUGCAUGGAGAGAAGCUCCAGAAGUACUACGAGCAUUCGGUGGUUCCCGACAAGAAACUGCGAUUUGCAUUGACAGCACGAUAUAUCAAGCCCGGUCACGUCGACGAGCGAGAAUUGAAGAAGGGAGAAUUCAUGCUUUCACCUGACCAAGUCUAUGACGGAAAAUAA